UGUUGUUGCUGUUUCCUUCCCAGAAAGGGAGUUCUCUUUUCCUUUUUGUCUGAAGAAGCAGAGAAAGAGUUUUCAACUGUUGGAGGUUUUUUCCCUUUCAAUUGAACCAUAGCUGAAAAUUAUUGUGUUUGGACUACAUGAUUGUUUAGACCAAUAACCUUGUGGACAAAUGCUACAUCACUGAUGGACUACAGGAUUGUUUAGACCAAUAGCCUUAUGGAGAAACAAUAGAUCACUGAGCACCCUUCUCUUCUUGCUGUGCGGUGCUGGAAAUUCAAUACGCUGCAACUAAUGUCUCCUGUGAGGACCAAUUUUCCCAGACUGUGCGAUCCCGGCUGCUCUCCCAAGGGGAAAAACUGACCUUAUCCACCAGACGCGUCUCAUUGGCUCACUGGUACUGGUUCAUUUUCCACACGGGAGGGGCAUCUGAGUGUCAGUACCAGACGGAGAAGAGGAACAGCAUCUCCAAGAGAGGAACAGUAUUUUAUUUCCACUAUUCUCCAGACACACUGCGAUGACAUCAUUCUUCCUAUGGCCUCUCUCGCUCUGCCUCAUCCUGCUGAUGAACUUGUCCAGUCAGCUGGAAGACAACAAGAUCCCCAACCUGUGCUCUGGACAGCCUGGUAUUCCGGGGUCCCCUGGGGUACACGGCAGCCCCGGCCUGCCGGGGAGAGAUGGGAGAGACGGGAGGGAUGCCCCGCCUGCAGAGAAGGGAGAGAAAGGGGAGAGGGGAGAACCAGGGAUGUCUGGUGAGAGGGGAUACAGUGGUGACUCAGGAGCUCAAGGAGAAAAGGGAGAGAGGGGCCCACAAGGGGAGUGUGCUGUGGCUCCCAAAUCCGCCUUCAGCGCCAAGCUGGCUGACAACCGCAGCACGGCGAUCACUGUGGUGGACAACGCGGUGCCCUUCGGCGUGGUGGUCCUGAACGAGCAUGGAGACUACAACCCAGAGACGGGCCGUUUCACCUGCAGGGUCCCCGGGGUCUACUACUUCUCCGUGCAUGCCACUGUCUACCGAGCCAGCCUGCAGUUUGACCUGAUGAAGAACGGCCACGUCACUGCCUCCUACUUCCAGUUCUACGGCAACUGGCCCAAGCCCACCUCGCUGACGGGCGGGUCCCUCCUGCACCUGGUGCCCGGUGACCAGGUAUGGGUGCAGAUGACACUGAGCGAGUACAGCGGGUUCUACUCCAGCUCUAAGACGGACAGCACCUUCACUGGUUUCCUGGUGUACUCAGACUGGAAGAGCUCUGCUGUCUUUGCACAUCCAUAGCAUGGUCAUACGCUAACACAUACACACACAGAUGAACUGGCAGACACACAGAUAUGCGCGCGCACACACACACACACAUGCAGAUGAACAGACGUACACACACACACCUUCACAGCAGAAAGCCACACAGUGCUGUGACAUGGAAAAUGGCGCAGUGGGGUCAGGUUAGAGUCCAUCUAAUAACAAGGAUGUUUAACGGAACACUAUUUUACUUUUGAGCAAUGUCCUUGACCUUAAUUGCUUUAGUAAAAUAUCUAGCUGUUUAACUGGACAGUGAAUUUGAAAAAUGAAACAAAAAGAAUGUCACCAUCUGCUGAGCACUUGGUGCAAGGUAGCAUGGCAAUAUGAGAAGCAGCAACUAAUCACUGAAUAACUAAUAAUAUCAUAUGUCAAUAUGUUUGUAACCAAGUCAGCUUAUAGUCUCAAGAGACGUGGGCCACUGUCUGUAAAGGAUACUGAGCCCGAAGGAUAGAAAUCACAGCUUGUGUAGGAUAAUGUGGAUUUUCAUGAUGAUUAUUUACCUGUCUCAUCCACUCUGCACGUCUUGCUCUGUUAAUCUGACAGCAUGCAUUGCAUUACAAUACAGAUUCACUGCCUGUGGCUAGCAGAGCGUUGAUUGGUUUUUCCUUUGCUUUUAAAUCUUCUCCAUGCUAAAUACCUAUUAGAUAAGUGAGCAUUUGAAUCUUGCGGUAGAAACUGAUGAUGUAUGGACUUUGAAUGGCAUGUAAUGGCCCAAUGGCCCAUCAGCACUCUGAAUGAUGAUGUCAUAAAUGCACUGACUUAAAUGAGAAAUUCAACUGUAAAAUCACAGGCUGAAGGAAAGACAUCACCAUCCCUCUCUUUAGUGUGAUUAUACUUUAUGAAUUUGGGCAUCUUGAAAAUAGUACACACACACAAACAAGUGUGUGCAUGCACACACACUAACACAAGCUAAUCACACUACAAUGCUCCAUUUCGAGUUGUAACAUUUAAAUAAAUGUUGCCAUAAAUUUCUUGAGCUAAAAAGUAUACCAUUAUGCAUAUCAGUCAUUUCUUUGAACGAUUGAACAAUGUUUUAUGAAUGUUUAACCAUUUCAAAUAAAAACAGUAGCAUAUGAAACCAUGGAGAGACAAUAUUGUCUAUGAAAUAGUGGUCAUUUGUUGGAUAAUAUAAGGGACUUUUUAUUAAGCAGAGCUUCUUAAGGCCUUCAUAAAGCAUGUAUAACAUUUUCAUGAGCAUUGAAUUACUAUUUCACAAACAAUAAAUGAGAACAUAAACUUUAUAAAAUAUUUAUGUUCAUAGUAAUAUAAUGCAUAUUAUGAAAGGGAAAUAAAUCAUGCAAUGUGCAAACUUGUUAACAUACACUUCAAAUAGCACAGUAAUCACUUAUAUCUACUUUAUGAAGUGGUAACAUCAUACUCAUAAAUGUUUUGUCCAACCAGAACAUCCUAAAACAGGAUGUGACCAGAAGGCAUGUGUAAAUCAUUGUACUCUUUCAAUGUAUCUAUAUGUUAGCUAUGUCCACUUUACCUUGUAAAGGUAAGCCACUAGUGAGGAAAACCAUUAAGGUUGAAAGUCAUUGUAAGCAAUUGUUAAUCUUUUUUUUUUUUUUUACAGGAGGUAGUGAAAAGAUGCACUGUGCCCUUUUUCAAGACUGCAUGUGUUCUUUUAGGGCAAAAUGCUGCUCUGUCCCCUGAUAAGUUUUGUCGUGUUUGAAUGCUCAUUGCCUCAUCAAAUGAACCAAAUCGAAUGUCACACUUUUGUAUUGCAAUGAUGUCAUAAUGGACACUGGCAUUCCUGUAACUGUGGUGACCGUUCCCCAUUGUUCCAUUGGUUUGAUAAUGUAAUAAUGAACACUGGCCUCUAUGGCUAAAUUUGGCAAAGUAAAUAAAGUUAGCUGAUAAGAGUA